AUCGCCAUUUCAUUUAUUCAGUGAGAUGGAGAAUUUCAGAUUUCAAAGUGAGAUAGAAAUAAUAUAAUCAAACCACUUGUUUCAGUGAAUCAAAUAUAGGAUAUAUUUAACUAAAGUCAUCAAAGUACAAGAAGAGGAUGUGCUAUUAGUUUUAACAGCGUUUUGUGGUCAGCUUAUAGUAUUUUGACUAUUGUAAAUGAAAAUAAAUUAUGAAUUAAAUCUGUAAUGAAAUAAAAACUACACAAUGUUCACCACAAAUACCGUGCAAGGCGGCUCAGUGCCCACACUACAAUACCAGGAACAUCCACAGAAAUCACAAGGGAAAAACAUUGAAAAUGUUCAACAAAAAACACAACAGACUCAGCAAACCCAACAGGAGUUUCCAACAUUUUGUUAUACAACCAAUGUAAAUAUGAUAGGUAAAAUUGGAUCUGGAACAACUGGUGGGACGGGGGGAGUAACAGGGGGUGUAAACAUAGCCCAGCUCACAACCAGUGAUGACAAAACAUGUUACAUAGCCCAACCUUUCUCUUAUAAUUAUGCUCUAGUAAAUCAAAUGCAAAUUGCACCAAAUGGAUUACAGAAUACAAUAUCAAAUAUAAGUUUCAAGUGUGAUGUCUGCGGCCUUAUGUUUGGCCAUCUCACUUUACUUAAUACUCAUAAACGGAUGCAUACACAGGAUUCAGAUAGUAAUGUGGUUGUGGUAUCUACUGGUGUGAGUACGGCCAAUGAUGUCAGCAUGCCGCCCCAUAUUCAAAUACUAUCCACAGAUCCCAAUGAAACCCAACAACACCAUGUCCAGUUACAAGAUACUAAACCGGUGAUAAUAGAAAAAGUCCAGAAAUGUAUAACAUGUGGAGGUGCCAUAACAAACAACCCGAAAAGGAAAGGUCCAAAGCUAAUACGCUGUGAAAACUGUAUAGCACAAGAUUCAGUAGAACAAAGAAAUAAUCAAUUAAAUACUACUCAAAUAUUUGUAGCAGCUGAAAAUAAUGUUAAGUUUGAAGUGGGAGGUGCUAGCGGGGUUCAAGCGCCUGGGGAUCCAUUAUCGAAUGCAUCCAACAACCAACAACAACAGAAACCCUUGCCCGGUCAUCAUCCUGUUAAAAAAAGAAACCUAGCUUCGGUUACGAAAUGUCAAAACUGCAACGGUUCUGGUAUAGUAUUUGUCGGGGGAAGAGACAAAAGCAAAAACAAUCAAGCAAUAGCAGACAAGCCGUUCCAUUGUAACAUCUGUGGUGGUUCGUUUUCAAGAUAUUCGUCGUUAUGGUCUCAUAAGAAGUUGCAUUCUGGUGAAAAGAACUUUAAAUGUGGAAUAUGUGGAAUCGCAUUUGCGAAAGCUGUUUACCUCAAAAACCAUUCGAGAAUACACACUGGCGAAAAGCCGUAUAGAUGUCAAACAUGUGGAAUGCAGUUCUCACAGUCACCACAUUUGAAGAACCAUGAAAGAACGCAUUCCGGAGAGAAACCGUAUGUCUGUGAAGUCUGUGACAAAGGGUUCGCCAGGCACGCGACCUUAUGGAAUCAUCGUCGUAUACAUACGGGAGAGAAACCAUACAAAUGCGAAACGUGUGGCUCGGCGUUUAGUCAAGCCGCGCAUCUUAAAAAUCACGCCAAAGUGCAUUCUGGUGAGAAGCCAUUCAAAUGUGACAUUUGUACCGCUGCCUUCGCCGACCGCUUCGCUUUGAAACGACACAGAGGCAUACACGACAAAUAUGGUCAAACAGCUCCUCUGCCUUCAAGAAUACAGCUCACCCAGCAGGAACAGUCACAACAACAGACAAACAACGAACAGCAAGCAACACCGACCGUGGAGGUUGAACAUCGCACCGAACAAACUCUAUGAGUUUAGGAAUAGUUCUAGUUAAACUAUUUAUUAACCAUCCACCUACAUUGGUUGAUAACGAUAAAUAAUCACAAAGGUUACUUAACAGAACAUCUAAGUUCAUCUUAAUGGCAAUUAAUAAAUCAUAAUAUUUAUGGCUUCUUAAUAUAUGAAUAGUGUAUGAUAAUAAUUGAAUGACUUAAGUGAUGAGCUGUUCAUAUGUAAACUGUCUACAGUCUACGUGUCAGUAUUUAAAAUGUCUUGUACAAUUGUAUAUAUGCAAUAAACGUUUUUAAUACAUAAAAGACAGCUAUUGACACUGCCAAUACAAUAAUAUAUACAAAAUAUGAACAGAUUUAUUUUUGUAUAUCUAGUAUUUUAUGUAUAUUAAAUGCAUUUGUAUAGUCGUGCUUUGUCAGGGACCGUUUGUUUCUGCGAUGUAAUAUAUUAAUAAUAGGAUUAUUAUUGGCUGUGGAUUUAGGGAAGUAUAUCAUGCUAUGGUAUAUUAAAAAAUCAAUACUGUUGUAGCAUUUUCCUCACUUGUAAAUAUAGUAUGGGUGUAACUAUUGUGGGUAGGAUAGUUUUAAAGUGAUUUAGCGACUAGGACCUUAGCGAGACUCAUUACAUCUAUUUAUAUAUUUGUACAGGAUGGGGAUACAUUUAAAUGAUGAGGUUGUAAUUUUGUGUUUGUGUUCAAUCUGAAGUUAAAGGAAGUACAGCGAUCCAGAAAAGCUAUUGCAUCAAAGUAAUGUUAAUAAGUAGGCUAAUUUUUUAAUCAAUAAUUAGACAUUUACAUAGUUAAAGAAAAUAGCAAACUA